UCUCUAUGGUCCUGUGUGGUGGGUGGGCUUAAUAGGGUACACACACAGCCUGCAGCAACAAUAAUAGUCCCCCCUUCUGCCAAACACUGCAGUGCUCAGGGGCUGACUGAUAACUCAUGAGGCCCCCGGGCAAUAGGGGAUCAUGGGGCCCCUGUGUCCUUGCCCAAACUAAAAAAAGCCUAUGAAAAAAGGUACCAGGGGCAUCUCAUGGGGCCACCUACUGACCCCAGGCCCUCGGGCAGUGCCCGAGUUUCCAAAUGUCAGCCCGCGCCCCUGGCAUGCCGGCUUCCCUCCUCUCCUUUCCACUGGCAGCUGC